AUGAGUACUUUAUCCAAAGCUGAAAUAGAAGAUAUCCGUGAAGUUUUCGACUUGUUCGAUUUUUGGGAUGGUCGAGAUGGUAUGAUUGAUGCAGUGAAAGUUGGCGAUUUACUUCGAUGCAGUGGAAUCAAUCCAACAAUUGCUUUAACAGUGAAACAUGGUGCUACCUUGAAACAAGGAGAGAAACAAUACAAAUUCGAUGAAUUCCUUCCUUGCUAUGAAGCUAUUCUUAAAGAGAAAGAAACCGGCACAUAUGCUGAUUAUAUGGAAGCCUUUAAAACAUUUGAUCGUGAAGGUCAAGGAUUUAUUUCAGCUGCAGAAAUGCGACAUGUUUUAACAGGUUAUGGUGAACGUCUUGAAGAUGAACAAGUAGACUUGAUAGUGAAAUUGAUUGAUUUACGUGAAGAUCUUGAUGGAAAUAUCAAAUAUGAAGAAUUAAUCAAGAAAGUUUUGGCGGGUCAUUCCAAAUAAAGUGUUGAAAGAAGCCCCCUAUUGUUCCUGAAAAGAAAAGAAAAAAAAGAGAGAAAAAUGUUUAUUUACAGCUCACUCCAUCUAAUUUUUCUUCAAAUAAACAAACAGACAAUCAACUGUUAACUCGGUAAAUGAGCUAACUACUACUAACUGUGUUGGCCUCUCUUUCUCUCUCAUAUAAUUUCGCCUAUCAUCAAGUUUAGUUUUAAAGUUUCAGUUAUUAAGCAUUAUUGGUAGAUAAAAGUGAUGUAUGAUUUCUUUUCGCUCCCUUUUUUUCUUUUUCUUUUCUUCUUCUUCAAAACCCAAUAAUAUUCCCGCCAACUUUCUUAUGCAUGAAAUCCACAAUGAUUGUGUGUAUUGUAUAAUUAUGUUAUGAGUAUUCAAGACUUUCUGCAUAAAUGUUAAGCAUUAUUAUAUCCUUUUCCUACAUCUAAUGUCUUCUACCCUCCUCCUUUUCUGUCUUAUCUUUUGACAAAUACAUUAGAUUUAUAAAUGUCUUAUCUAACAUCUGCAAAAAAAAGAAAAUACAUUCAGCUUUUUUUAUGAUGAACCUUUAAAUAAAAUAACGAACCGAAUAAACUGUUUACCCUUUAAA